CUUAACUUGUUUUGUCRUUUUGCAGUGCAAUACCUUCAUCUGCAGGUUCCUCAGCCUUAAUCCAGUGAGGCAAGAAAAGAAGCAGCUGAUGCUCAAGGUUAUUUCUUCAUGGGAAAACUCCAAAUGAAUCGGAGCACCCAGGCAGGGCUGGGUAAGACUGAGAGUGAGCCUGGGGCAGGAUGGCAGCAGAAGAGUGGUUAGACAGUCACRUCUGAGACCUUGGGGAUCCCUGGCUGGGCUAACUUUGCUCACAGUAGAGCCCAGACUUCUGAAAACGGGGGAAAGCAGCAAAUGYRUGGSGAUGGAUGUGAGGGUGAUCCAGUAYCUGCUCCUUUGGGCUGUGCUCUUCCUUCCAGCCGUGCCACUCAGCACCCCCAGGAUUCUCAGUAAUGAGUCAAAGACUGGUGAUGAGCAAGAUGCCUGUAUAAAUCUCAUUCCGUGCCAAGAUAACGGAGCAAUUUGUAUUCAGCCUUGCUCUCCCUCCUUCCACGGGGAGACAAGCUUUGUYUGUGAAGACAGAAAGUGGCAAAUGUUGUCAGAUGCCUGUGCAAGUCUGGAUGUUCAGUCCCUUUUUCAGAGGAUAUCCCACGGUGAACUCUCGUGCUCUGGAGAGCAUCUUCCUUUUAUAGAAGGAAACCCAGGCCAUGGGAAGCCUAGUGAUGGAGCAAAACAUUUGGGUGCCAGGAAUCAGAGCUGCCAAGCUGAUUUUUCCUGCAUUAUCCAAGAUAUCCUGUCUGCACCAGCCAUCCCAGGAAACAUUGCUGACAUAGUAGAAUUGCUAAAGAAGAUUUCCCUGCUGCUAUCAGAGAAUGUCACCAGAAGAAAAAUGGAGAGCUACAGCAGGAUGGCAAACCAUAUUCUGAACAGCUCCGUCAUUUCCAACUGGGCUUUUGUAAAGGACAGAAAUGCUGGUUCAAUAUUACUGGACUCAGUGAAUUCAUUUGCUGGGAAACUCCUUCUCAGAAACGGCUCMGAAAGUAUCCAGGAGCCCUUCAUCGCCACCAAAGGCUACAGCAUACACAGAAACACUUCAGGAAAGAGCUUUGACUUUUCCAUGGAGUUCAAUAGCACRGACAAUAUCACUGGGCACGUGGUGAUUCCAGAAGAAGAGCUUCUGAGGUUACCCAGGGCUUCCAGAGCCAUCAGCGUCGCGUUCCCAACGCUCGGAGCCGUCCUAGAGACCAACCAGCCRGACCCCGCUUUCGUGAACGGGAUGGUGCUGUCGGUGUCUCUGCCAGAGGAGCUCCAGAACAUUUUGCUCACCUUUGAGAAGCUGAUCAAGCUGGAGCAGGUGGGGGCUCAGUGCGUGGGGUGGCACUCGGCCGAGCGGCGCUGGGAUCCYGGGGCGUGCGAGCUGCGGUCCCACAACGUCAGCGCCGUGGUUUGCGUCUGCGCCCACCGGCGCCGCACCUACAGCUCCUUCUCCAUCCUGAUGGCCCCGGCCGUGCCACGGAGCUCCCUGCUGGAUUACAUCACMCAGGUGGGCCUGGGGCUGUCCAUUUUCAGCCUGGUCCUCUGCCUCCUCAUCGAGGCUGUGGUCUGGCAUCACGUCACAAAAACGGAAAUAACCUACAUGCGCCACUUCUGCUUGGUCAACAUCGCUGCCUCGCUCCUCGUCGCUGAUGUCCUGUUCAUCUUGGCAGCUAUUGUGCACAAUUCAGCCCUAAACUACCARCUSUGUGUGGCAGCCACUUUUUUCCUUCACCUUUUCUAUCUUGCCUUGUUUUUUUGGAUGUUUACCCUGGGCCUCUUGAUUCUCUAUGGAUUAUUAUUAAUUUUUUUUAAGAUAACAAGAACUGUGUUCCUAGCUGCAGCAUUCUCUAUUGGAUAUGGAUGUCCCUUGGUCAUAUCUGUCCUCACUGUUGCUAUUACUGAACCAAAAAAUGGCUAUUUAAGGAGUGGAGCCUGCUGGCUCAAUUGGUAUGAGACAAAAGCCCUUUUGGCCUUUGUUGUCCCUGCCCUGAGCAUCAUUGUUGUGAAUCUGGUGGUGGUGGUCGUGGUUGUGGUGAAGACUGGGAGAUCCUCYGUUGGAGAAGGCUGCAAAUCACAAGAUUUGAGCAGCAUGAUCCGAGUCAGCAAAAACAUUGCCCUCCUGACACCCCUGCUGGGCCUCACCUGGGGGUUUGGGUUGGCCACCAUCAUCGACAGCCGCUCUCUGGCCUUCCAYGUUGUGUUUGCGCUGCUCAACGCCUUCCAGGGAUUCUUCAUCCUGUUGUUUGGRACCCUUCUGGACAGAAAGACGAGAGAAGCCUUAAAGAUGAACUGCCUUUCAUCAAGGCGGAAUUGGGGUCUAGAAAAGUCCUAGCAGUGGACUCUCAUCUUCAGUGGAUCUGACCAGCGAGAAGAAAGGGAGCACUUCUUGCCCUGAAAUGCUGCUUUGRGGUGAGCUGAAGUGCCUGACCUGCUCAGAGCAUGGACAGCACUGUCUGGGAGCACAACCACGGGAAGCAUCAUGAAAACCAGAAGAGAAAARGCCCUGAACUUGUGUCAGGAGCAGGAAACCAUCAGUGCUGCUGCAGCCCUUGGAGGAAACACGCUGGAACAUAAAGCUUUCUUCUCACCUGUGUGAAAACUGCUGUGAGGAGAGUUUGUCCUCGUUCGCCAUUUCAGUACUUCAGUUUCUUUCCUCUUUUCCUUUUUUUAUUGUCAGUGCAAUAAGGAGCUGUACAGUGUGUGGAGAUGUUCUAGAAUUAUUUAAUUUUUAAUAUGAGGUAYAAAUGUUGAGCAUUAUCUGGCUGGUUUUUGGCUGUCUUUUGAGCAAGACUGAUUCUGUUUAUUGCCUCUGUAUUCUUMAUUUCCAUCUGCUCUCCCAGACUGAUGGACAACUCUGUUUCUGCAUUGCAGCUGUUCUCUCCCUCCCARUAUUUGUUGUCUCCAUCUCAGUACCUGUGUGUGAGAGGAAUUGUACAAAGCCCUUUUCUGGUGUGUCAGGACAGAAUUUUCCUUCUUUUUCCUGUUCUGAAAGACAAUGACAGAGAUAAACAAGAAAGARGACUCUGUAAAUAAUCAGUUUCCCUCUUUAGGUGUGGGAAGACAAACUUGGAGUUCUCAUCAGAGCUGAAUCAAAUGGAGGAACAUCUCCUGUUCAAUGUCCUAAUAAAGGAAUUUGGUUUUCCACGUGA